AAAGGGGGGGGGGGAUCAGAGAAAAGCAUCCAUAAAAAUACAUUUCAUCCUUUCUCGCUCAGCUUGUCUAGACCUAAAACACUACACAUUGCAGCUGAAGUCGGCUCAACAUGAUAAGAAAUUCUAGCGGUUUAAUGAAGAAACACGUAUUGCUCUCCCCCUAAAAUAAUGCAAUUGAACGGCAAAGACCAACAUGCAUACCCUGUGAUGAAACAAACUAGGUUCUUUUCUGGUAACAAUAGUCUUGGCCAUUUUCCACUUGUUAACUUUGUAUGACAAGAACCCUCUCCAUUAGCUUGGAGAAAAUGGAAUUGUUCCUUUUCAUUUACGAGUCCCUCUCCAGUUCUGCUCACUAUCUGGCAACAUCGGUCUCCAUCGUCAUCAUCAUCGUCAUACUUGUCUACUACUUUUCCAGGCCAAGAUGCACAUACCUUAUUGAUUUCUCAUGUUACCAGCCACCAGACUACUUGCGGGUUCCAAUCCCUAAUUUCAUCGAGCAUCUCGAGAUAAGUGGCGUAUUUGGUAGAGAAAGCCUUGAUCUCCAACGAAAAGUUUUAGAACGGUCAGGGAUUGGGGACGAGGCAUGCGUGCCUGUGUCAGUGCAUGAGAUUCCACCAGACUCUUCUUUCUCUGCAGCCACAGCAGAGACUCAAGAAAUCCUCUUCACAGUAGUCAAAGACCUCCUCUCAAAACACAGGAUAGAUCCAGCGAGCAUUGACAUCAUUGUGUCAAAUUGUAGCCUAUUUUGUCCCACGCCAUCCAUAACGUCCAUGAUCAUAAACAGGUUUGGUCUCAGGAGGGAUAUAAAAAGUUUCAGUCUGAGCGGGAUGGGCUGCAGUGCGGGGCUUCUGUCAAUAAAUCUAGUGAGAGAUCUUCUCAAGGUACACUGUAACUCGUUGGCUCUAGUGCUGAGCAUGGAAGCCGUGAGUCCAAACGGUUACAAAGGUAAAUCUAAGCCAAUGCUCAUUGCUAACACCAUCUUCAGAAUGGGAGGAGCAGCCAUUCUUCUCUCAAACAGGAAGCAGGAUAAGCAUAGCGCAAAAUACAAGCUCAAACACCUUGUUAGGACUCACUUGGGAUCUGACAAUGAGUCAUAUGAGAGUGUAAUGCAACAAAACGAUGAAGAAGGGCGAGUUGGGGUGUCAUUGUCCAAGCAACUUGUGAUGGUAGCAUCAAGGGCAUUGAAGAUCAAUGUAAUGGAGUUAGGCCCUCGUGUGCUACCCUACCCAGAACAGCUCAAAUACAUGGGUUCAUUGAUCCCUAGAAGAUGGGGACGGGCAAGGACAUACAUGCCCAACUUCAAGAAAGCUUUUCAACAUUUCUGUAUACACGCAGGGGGGAGGGCAAUAAUUGAGGGCGUGGAAAAGCAUCUCAAGCUGGGCAAGGAAGAUGGAGAAGCGUCAAGGAUGACAUUAUAUAGGUACGGGAACACAUCAUCAUCUUCACUCUGGUAUGAGCUCCAAUAUCUGGAGGCUAAAGCCAGAGUGAAAAGGGGAGAUACAAUAUGGCAGAUAGGGUUUGGAAGUGGCUUCAAGGCUAACAGUGCUGUCUGGCAGUGCAUUUCGGAGCUCAAUCCAAAAGACAGGAAUGCAUGGUCUGACCGAAUCCAUCUGUAUCCGGUUCGUGGAGAUGCUCAAGUGCCUUAAAAAGACAAGCUGCUUUUCCAACAUC